AUGGAUUAUUUACGGGUACCUCUACUGGUUUCGUUAAAGAAUUAUUUGAAUUCACUGAAAGCUAAUUGUAAUAAGAUUAUUGAUUUACCAGGAGAAGAUGAGAAAUAUAGAGUUGAUGUUGAAUAUAUAGGAAAUAGUAUCGCUCCUGAUCCUAGUUUAUAUUACAGACCAGUUAUAGGGAUAUUAUCACAUCCUGGUGAUGGUGCUUCAGGAAGGUUAAAUAAGGAUAAAAACGCUUCCUACAUAGCUGCUUCUUACGUUAAGCUUAUCGAAUCUGCUGGUGCUCGUGUGAUUCCAUUCAUUUACAAUGAACCUAAAGAGAUUCUGUAUGCAAAACUCAACUUAGUUAAUGGAGUGCUUUUAACUGGGGGUUGGAAAAAAAGUGGUUUGUACUAUGAGGUUGUUGAAGGGAUUUUUAAGAGAGUUCUUGAGAGGAAUGACACUGGUGAUCCUUUUCCUUUAUUUGCCAUCUGCUUAGGCUUCGAGUUAUUAUGUAAGGUUAUAAGCAAAGAUGCUAACAUUCUUGAAAAGUUCAGCGCACAUAACCAUGCAUCUACCCUGCAAUUCAGCAAGCCUAUCGAUAUCCAAGGCACUGUUUUCCAAGGAUUCUCUCCUGAGCUGCUACAGAAGUUGACUACAGAUUGUCUUGUCAUGCAAUUACACAAGUGGGGAGUAUCACCGGAGAGGUUUCGGCAGAAUUCUGCAUUGUGCAGUUUUUUCAGGGUGUUGACUACAUGCGUCGAUGAAGACAACAAGGAAUACGUCUCAACUGUACAAGCACGCGAUUAUCCUAUCACUGCUGUCCAGUGGCACCCAGAGAAAAAUGCUUUUGAAUGGGGGUAUUCGACCAUUCCCCACUCGGAAGAUGCAGUUCAAGUUACUCAACAUGUUGCAAACUAUUUUAUCAGUGAGGCAAGAAAGUCCUUAAACAGGCCAAGAACUAGAGAUGUCCUUGACAACCUUAUUUACAAUUACGUUCCUACUUAUUGUGGAAAGGCUGGGAGGGGGUACGACGAAGUUUAUAUAUUCUCUCAACUGGAAUCGAAAAGUUCUAACUUACCUCUUACGUAG